CUUUGUCACUUGCUAUGGCACACGCCUGUGUAUAAAUACAUACAUACAUACAUAAAUACAUAAAAACAUAAAUAUCCAUCACGGAAAAGCCUCGUUCCGGACUCAAUGUAGUAUUUCAAAGGCGGACGGCCCCUUAUUUUGAUCACGUGUGUCGUAUAUCUUUACAUAAGUACGAGACUUCCAAGAAAAUAAAUAAUCAACGGCAACCUCAGUUCUCAGUCCCAUCAUCACCAAAGCGCCUUUGCUGCACUAUACACUAAUCCAAGAGGCGUACCCGUGAAAUCCAAGUCUCUGAAAUGUCAAAUCUACCAACGCUAGUCUUUGUUCCAGGCGCCUGGCAUAAACCUACUUGCUAUGACAAGAUCAUUAAACCGCUGGAGGACCAGCAUAAGUUGAAAUGUAUCCGAGUCACGCUCCCCUCCGGGUCCGGGGACCCAGAGGCAACCUUCAAGAAUGACAUCGAUGCUGCCCAAGAUGCCAUAUCCAGUGAAACAACCCAAGGGCGCAACGUCGUAGUUAUCGCCCACUCCUACGGCGGCAUGGUCGGCAGCAGCGCCAUCAAGGGCUUUUACAAGCCACAAGAUACCAGCUCCACCUCACUAUCGACCUCAGACCAGUCUCAAUCCCCAGCCAAGGGGUACGUGAUCGGUCUCAUCCUCAUAGCCUCCGGCUUCACCUUCACAGGACUCGCCUUCAUGGACCCCUUCUUCGGCCACCCACCCCCCUCCUGGCGCGUGAACAAGGAGACCGGAUACGCCGAGCUCGUCAGCCCCCCCCGCGAGCUCUUCUACCACGACGUCCCCGCAGAGGACGCCGAGUACGCCGUCUCCCAGCUCACCCCGCAGAGUCUGAAGUCCCUGUUCGAGGGGGGCGAGUACUCCUAUGCGGGGUGGUUGCAUGUACCUGCGUGGUAUAUCGGGACGGUUGAGGAUCGUGGGUUGCCAGUUGUGGCGCAGAGGUUGAAUGUGGGGAUGGCGAGGGAGAUGGGAUGUCCGGUCGAGCAUAGGGAGUUGCAGACGAGCCAUUCGCCGUUUUUGAGUCAGCCGGAGGAGACGGUGGGGAUUGUGGUGGAGGCGGUGGAGGCGUUUAGUGGGAGGACGGUGGAGAGGGAAUUGGUGGUGAGAGGAGGAGGGAAUGAGAUUGUGGUCCCGGCGGCUAGGUUAUGGCAGCCUAUUACGUGGUAUAGGUUUGGGUUACCGCUUGUUUUUGGACAUUUAAUAGGGAGGGGCGUUUUGAUCUUUAACUGGACUAGGGGGUUGUUCCGGAGAUCUCGGUCCUAGUGUAAUGUGUAUUUUAUCUCCACUCACUCAAUAGUGAUAGACUAUAGCUGUAAGAUAUUGUUUAGAUA